CUUGAAUCAUUCCAGAUGACACCGUUGCCAAUUUGAAGAUGGAGUACAAAGUCACCCCGCAGGAUGGUAAAAAAUUUUGUGCGAUUCGAACCGGUUGAGCUGAAGCUGCGAUUCCCGAAGGCAAAGUUCCAUCUGACGAAUCUGUUCGGUGGUGAUCCCCAGCUGGGUGAAUUCGCUAAUCGGGCGAUCAAUGAGAAUCCCAGCAUCCUACUGGAUGAGGUUAAGCCGGCGUUUGAGAAAAAUCUGGCCCGAGUUUUCACGGACAUUUCCAACAGUGUUGUGGUGGGUGCUGAAGAAUCGGAAUUGCUACCACCGUAGGAAGGAAGAUUUGCACGAUACGCUAAUGAAAUUAAAUAAAAAAAAAA